CCGCGCUCGCACAUCGAUCAGGCCCCCUCCCUCCGCGCCUCGCGCAGACUGCUAAGCUCAGCAAGUCUUGCGGCACAGGCACUUCGCGCGGAGUUGGGGCCGGGGCGGAGCGGGGACUCCGCGCCCGGGGACCGGACGCCGCUGCGAGCCGUGGCCAGCGCCGCGCACCCCGCAGCUCGACGCCUGGGGAACCGGGACCUCCCGCCCGCUGCAGCCGCGCUCGCCGUCCCUGCAGCCACUAUGAGGAACAUCUUUAAGAGGAACCAGGAGCCCAUUGUGGCUCCUGCCACCACCACGGCCACCAUGCCGCUCGGCCCAGCGGACAGCUCCAACUCCACAGAGAGCGGGGGCGCGGGGGAGAGUCAGGAGGACAUGUUCGCCAAGCUGAAGGAGAAGUUCUUCAACGAGAUCAACAAGAUCCCCUUGCCGCCGUGGGCUCUGAUCGCCAUUGCCGUGGUCGCUGGCCUGCUGCUCCUCACCUGCUGCUUCUGCAUCUGCAAGAAGUGCUGCUGCAAGAAGAAGAAGAAUAAGAAGGAGAAGGGCAAGGGCAUGAAGAACGCCAUGAACAUGAAGGACAUGAAGGGCGGUCAGGAUGAUGACGAUGCAGAGACAGGCCUGACUGAGGGAGAAGGUGAAGGAGAAGAGGAGAAAGAGCCAGAGAACCUGGGCAAACUGCAGUUCUCCCUGGACUAUGACUUCCAGGCCAACCAGCUCACCGUGGGGGUCCUGCAGGCUGCGGAGCUACCUGCCUUGGACAUGGGGGGCACCUCAGACCCUUACGUCAAAGUCUUCCUCCUUCCAGACAAGAAGAAGAAAUACGAGACCAAAGUCCACCGGAAGACCCUGAACCCGGCUUUCAACGAGACCUUCACUUUCAAGGUGCCAUACCAGGAGCUGGGGGGCAAAACUCUGGUGAUGGCCAUCUACGACUUUGACCGCUUCUCCAAACACGACAUCAUCGGGGAGGUAAAGGUGCCCAUGAACACCGUGGACCUCGGCCAGCCCAUCGAGGAGUGGAGAGACCUGCAAGGCGGGGAGAAGGAGGAGCCCGAGAAGCUGGGCGACAUCUGCACCUCCCUGCGCUACGUGCCCACGGCCGGGAAGCUCACCGUCUGCAUCCUGGAGGCGAAGAACCUCAAGAAGAUGGAUGUGGGUGGCCUUUCAGACCCCUAUGUGAAGAUCCACCUGAUGCAGAAUGGGAAGAGGCUCAAGAAGAAGAAGACGACAGUGAAAAAAAAGACCCUGAACCCCUACUUCAACGAGUCCUUCAGCUUUGAGAUCCCCUUCGAGCAGAUUCAGAAAGUGCAGGUGGUGGUCACUGUGCUGGACUAUGACAAGCUGGGUAAGAAUGAAGCCAUUGGCAAGAUCUUUGUGGGCAGCAAUGCCACAGGCACAGAGCUGCGGCACUGGUCCGACAUGCUGGCCAACCCCCGGAGGCCCAUUGCCCAGUGGCACUCACUCAAGCCCGAGGAGGAGGUGGACGCACUUCUGGGCAAGAACAAGUAGACGGCGGCAGCUGGGACUCGGCGCCCUUCACCGACACUGACAAGAUCCAGAGCUAUCAAUACCUCAGUUAUGCAACCUUAGAGGUUUUGUUUUGUUUUGAUUUGAUCUGUUUGUGGUUGUAUACUUGUUUUUCUUUCUUCUCUUUUGAAAGACCAACUUUCCCUUUGACGGCUGAACGAAGAGAGUCCCCUAAGAGGUAAAAGAGAAGCCUGGCUCUGUUCAUCGUCCUAGGAACUGCCCUCGCUGCAUGCCCUGUCAUGGUUCCCUCUCACUCUUUCAGUGCUUCACUGAAGUUUCACCCCAAGUGAGGCGCUCUACUGGCAGAAAGUUGCAGCACUUCUCUUUUUUUGCACGUUCCGGACCAACAAAAUGGUGGCACCUCCUGUUUCCUGACAGUGAAGGCAACACAGUGGCCAAUGGGGUGUGUGUGUGUGUGUGUGUGUGUGUGUGUGUGCGCGCGUGCGUGUCUAUGUGUCUGUCUGUCUGUCUUUGAGUGCCUCUCUUCAAGCCUGGGAUGAGCCAUGGACAGUGAAGCUGUAUGGGAAGAAAAGGUUCUCCGGGGACCCUGAGAUGAAGGAAGUCCACUGACUGUGGGCGAUCUGUCAGCUUGUGGAAAAGGCUCAAGAUUGUGGUCAAACGCCAGAAGCUCCUACAUUCUUUGUAGAUGGCUCUUUGGGAGGCAGUGAGAUGUGGGGACAGGAUGUGUCCAGAACUAGGACCAAAGCCCUGAUGCCACCACAGACUUCCUCCUGUCAGUCACAGCUUCUCCAGAAGUGGGGUUUCUGGGACGUUCAUGGAAAUGAGCUAUUCACUAGAUUGGUCAGACUCUAACAGGGACUGUCAGUCAGUCCCAGGAUCUCGCUCUUAUUGACAGUAUCACAUUAUGAAGAAACAGAGGUCCCUUUAUCCAGAAAGACCAAAUUAAAACUCCUGCAUCGUUGCCCAUCCAUUGGGAAACGCAGACACUUUCUCCCUCUCCAGAAUCUGAGCAGUGCAAUUCCUUUGCAUUUUUUCUCCAUUGUGCUUUUGCUUCAAUUUCUCUUUUAAGUGGAGCAACUUGUCUGAAGACAUGUUAUCUGGACAGAGCCAGAGAACUGUAAGAGGAAGGCUUAAAUGUUCUUAGUUUCCUUGGGUCCAGGCAAGAAGAGGGUGGUGAAAAGGGGAGAGCAAUGGACCCACGAUGGAGUUUCUGGGAUGGGAGCAUUUGGAUUCCUCCAAGUCCCAUUCCUCUGCCCUCCAUACCAGAGGGCUGGGAAGUAGCUGGAGUGGCUCAAGGAGGCUUAAGGAGGCCCCAGCCUAACAUUCAUUAGAGUCUUUUCUCUACGAAUGCCAGGAUGGGUGGCGGAGGAAACCUGCCAGGGUCUACCCCAUUCUCAGUUGUCCCAUCCCCCAUUCACUUCUUGUCCCCAGCAUUGAUUUUAAAAAAGCCAUAUAUAUGUUAGUCAAGUUUGCACUGAGUCUCCUUUCAAACCUUUAGAGAGUCAGGUCCCCACAUGGCCAGAGGUCAACACUCUUUGCCUCCCUUCCCUUAGCCUCUCUCUUCUGUCUCUUAAAUCCUUGCCAUUUCCUUACCACAAAAAACUCACAGCUUCCCCGGAGGCCUGGGAAUCACAUUCCCAGCAAAGAUGGCAGCACUUCCUGUCCUGCCCCAUCUGGGCCACUUUGCCUUCCUGUAGGCACCUGAGAUGGAAUGAUAGUGUUCGAGAGAAUCAGGCUUUGAGACCCCACAAUGUGUCUUUUAAUUUUAUUAAAGUGAGGAGGGUAUUAGAUUUUGCUUUGCUUUUUUGUUGUUAUUCAAGUGGGGAGUGAGGGAACACCUCCACCAGAAAGAGACUGGACAGCAGGUCUUGGCUGGCCUUGCUCUCAGACUGACCCUUCUCCUUCCUGCCCUUGCUCUCAGACUGACCCUUCUCCUUCCCGCCCCCACUGGGAACCCCGCAGUGGUACGUGGGAAGUCAUGUAUUUUAUGCACCGUAUGUCUACAUACCUACUAGGAAGGUAGUACUGUAAUACAAACAUGAGGUCUGGUUUUUGGAACCAGAGUUGUGGUCAUGUUAGAGAGUUGUAGGACAAUGGAGUGCCUUCAGAAUCUGGGUGGCAGCAGAGUACCAGAGUCCAGGUAUGGACAUAAGAGAUCACUGGACUCCUCUCCCAUCCCAGGGCUGUGCGGUUUUGGUGCUUUCUCAGGGUCCUCUCUCACCCACAUUCCACAAACCUUAUUCAUGGAAACUUCCUGUCAAUCUUUACCUUUAUUAUUUUACCCGUUUCCAAUUCACUUUCUACCACCAGGGAUUCUUCUGUGUCCAUAAAUCUCAUUUCCUCCGUCUAAAGCCCAAGACUUUCCACUCCCUUACUAGAAAAGGGAAGGAAAUGGUAAGCCCCUCUGGUGGUUUGAGUGUCCCUGGCUUGGAGACAGGCUGGGUUCUAGUACUGAGCCCACCUCUGGUGGGCAGCCUGAAGGGGUAGGGCAAGCUACUGAGACUUUGAGUCUUUGUACCAGUGUGGAGCUAGUGUGGUGCCAGGAGCAGCUCCUUCCCCAAGUCUUGGUUGGUUCUGGUGAGUUACCUGAGCAGAGGGCACCUGUCUGGGUCCACAGGCUGCAAGGAACAUAGUGAUGCUUAUAAGUUUACUACACCGAGGGCUGAUGUAACCCAAGCCACAGAGCAUCAUUCCAAAACCUCACUGCCAUGCAGGUUUACUUCCGUGAUGUUAUGGCCCCGGGGUGUCAGCGCCAAGUAGGAAAGAGUUAGGGUGUCUGGAUGCCUCUGGGGCUGUGAGUUUUCAUCCCAAAGUCUGUUCCGGAGAGGAAAGUACUUGGUAGAGAGAUGAUAUUUUAUAGACGGGCUAAGACUGUGAUAACCCAAACCUAAUCCCACCCAGAAACUAGGGGUGGAGCCUAAAAACUUUGUUUUCUCCCUGGAUAAUCAUUUCAGAAAGGACAUUAACACUCCCAGGUUAUGGGCAGCUAUUUAGACUUUGGAAGCAGAAGCUGAGGCCGGGGGCGGCUGGCAGUCCCAGGCAGUGAGUAGGUAUUCAGCGUGAUAAGAAACAACUUCCCCGGAGCCUCCCCAGCUGGACGAUGGGACAGCAGAGACUAGGCCACAGUCUCAGAUCCUGGUUUUUCUCUCUUCUCAUUUGUAGCCUGAGUCUCUGCAGAAUCAGUUUCGGAUUUUGCUGGCCUGAGGCUUCAGUGAGAGAAAAGGGUCAGUGCAGGUAAAACUAGCGCUCUUGUAAACCUGUCCUCAUGCAAGAGCUGGGUGACGCCAGUGGGAGCGCCCUCUUGUGGGUUGGGGAGGGAGAGAUUCUUUGUUUCUUUAAUGUCCUAGGCUAAUUCUUGAGGCUUCCACGCCUAGGUCUUACCUGAUCUGUAUACAGCCUGUCCCUGAGGGUGUCCCUCCUCUCAAAGAUAGGAAAUUGAGCCAGAAGAUGCCCUCAUAACCUUUGCUCUGUCCCUUGUCUGUUCUGUCUUACCCACUCCCCACCUUGGGAUGAUUGGGGGCUUCAGAGCCACGGGUGGUGGAAGGUGGGAAAGAGCCUCAAAUCCUAAUCCUGGUGGUCCACAGCCCCAUGAUGUGGUUACCAGAUUUGACAAAUAAAAAUAUAAGAUGCUCAGUUAAUUUGAAUUUCAGAUAAACAACAAUUUAUAAGUAUGUCCUACGCAAUAUUUGGGACAUAGUGUACUAAAACGUGAUUCAUGGUUAAUCUGAGACCUAAAUUUAACUGGCCAUCCUGUAUUGUGUCUGGCAACCCUACCCUAUGACCAUGUCUCCCCUCUCCCUCUUGGUCCCAGGGGGCCAGAGAUUGGUCACCAUAGAUUUAACUUGUUCUUCAAACUGCAAUACUGAGAAGGGGACACUGUGACUUGAAGACACAUGAAUAUACUUUAUUUUUCAAGUGACAACAAAACAAGAACCUUCUGAAGCCAUUUGAGCCUCAUCUGACCCCUUUCAUGUGUGUUUAGUUAUAUAUAAAAGAUAGUUAUCUAUAAACCUAUGAACAGAAAUCUUGUUUAAUCAAGAUGCAUGUCUAUAACUUUCUGUAAAUAGCCGCAUGGCAAUGCUGGGAGUCCCCUUGAUUUCCCAACCCCAGACCCAUUUUACAGAACUGGCUGAGCCUGUCCCUUCCAUGUCUGUCAUGUGGCGUCUGUCCCCAGUCUGACCCCGCCGCCCCCACUGGGAACCCCGCAAUGGGAGCCAUCAGGAUGGAAGAGUUUCUGGCCCAGAGGCCCAGUAUCCCUGAAGGCCGUCUGCUGCACCUCUGUCUGCAGGGCUACCCCUCGGGAUACCCCGCAGUGUCUGGUCUGGUGUGUGUCCCAUUGCUCCUGUGUCCUGUGUAUGUGUGGUGCGGCUCCCUUCUUCCCGCUGUCUGAACUAACUGAAAAGCCAUAAAGGGGGCCUCCUGCUGGAGACUGCCCUCGGCUCCUCCCAGGAGCACCUGUGUCCCUCUGACUGGCUCCCCACAAAACACCUGUGACGGGCCCACCUGGUGUCACCCUCUUUUGCUCCCUUAGCCUGGUGCUAUGAGGACAGAUGGUGUCCAGGGCUUCUGGUGGGGCCUUAGGAGAUGACCCUGGCUGGCUUUUUUGGCCCAAGUCUGAUGAUUCAACUCCAUCUCAACCCUGGGUGUGGACAGGGCAGUGGUAGGGACCCCAUGGUUUUGGAUACAGACUUGGGGGCUCUAUAGAGAUGACCAGGGCUUUCAGGAGCGGCCAGCCAGUGGCUCGCUGUGUGGUCGGGUUCCCAUUUACUCCUGGGGGUCCACGCGUAGUCAUGGAGAAAGGACUCAGGGAAAACCCUGGGCAACAUGAUGGGUUAAGCUUUUCCCCCACACUCCACCCUGCAAUCUGUGGAGCCCACCCUGGAGCAGUGUGGGCUACCCUGUGUCGGGGGCACGCUGUGCCGGGCUCUGACUCACAUCUGCUCCUAGGACAGCCCAGGCCCGGUGUGCCAAGCAGUGGAGAGGUGGGCAGCGGGACUAGGCCUUCUGAGGGCUCUGGCCAGCACGUUGAACUGCAGUCCCCAGCCCGCAGCCCAGGCUCCUCAUGGCCCCCAGGAGGCCUCAGGCAAGAGAGAGAAGUUAAGAACCAGGGUGGGUGUACUAGACAAGCCAGAGCCAGCAAGGUGGGCGCUACCAUUUACAAACCACCAUGCCUGGGCAGAGUGUGACAGACUUUAUGUCCCCCUUGUGCUGGGGUCAUAGAGUGGGGACAGUGGAGGGGACCAUUUCAGGGCAGGCUGGGAUCAGCUUUCACUGCAGGGCCUCCCCACCUCCAGGCAGAAUCAAGGCAAGAGCUGAGGGGGUCUGUCUGGCCAGGUGGUGAGGCAGAAUGUGGGACACUGAAGUUUCUCCUCCACCCUCAUCAGCAAUCAAUCAGGGCUUUAAGGGUCCCCCUCAGAGAAGCCUGCCCGUUCUGCCCUGACUCCUGCUCACCGAAGGACUUGAUCUGCUGCUUUGUGAAAACCUUGGGGCCAGAAAAUGUCAAAACUAGGGGCAAAGCCUAGCCUAGCCUGAUCUGGGUCACCCAGGCAAUGUGAGGGCCCACCAGGAGCUCCCCGUCUCCAUGAGGUGGACACUCGUGGAGCCCUAGCUGCCCCCUCCUCCUGCUUGGCAAUGCUCUCCACCCCUUCUGUGGACUCUGUUGUUCUUGUCUGAUCUCUUGUCGAAUUGUUAAUUUUGUAACGAGCUGCGUCUCCUUAUUAAAGAAAUGAGCUGAAAGAAA